GUCUUCUACAGAAUAACUGCUGCAGUUUUCUAAGUUCUCUUGUUCAACUAUGGAUUCUUCAUCAACAAAAUGGUUAUCUGAAUUGGGAAUGGAUGAAUACAACAUCAUCCACCAAUGUCAUAUGAACUCUCUAGCUGAACUGGCCACCGCAGAUGAUUUUGCUACCGCCAUGGUCGGCGGAGGGAAUUUGAAGCAAUCAUUCUCUUCCGAGAGCUAUUCGUCUUACGCCAAAAACGCCACCACUUUUAGCGGCGGUUCAUCAUCCAUUGAAACUCUUGAUUACAAACCUGCAAAACAUCUCAAAACCACCCAUCAUGUUCAACUUAAACCAUCGACUCCCACGUCUCAAUUCCUUUCGUUUGACAACUCUUUCAACAACCCUAAAGACGAGACUGUAUCUUCUGGAAAUAUGAAGUUUUCACCUCUCGUAAACACGAGUUAUGCACCAAAAAGCAAUAGUAAUCAUGGGAUGAAGACUACUCACUCGAUGACAAGAACCCCUUCGCUUGCUCAAGAUCACAUCAUGGCUGAGAGAAAGAGAAGAGAAAAACUUAGCCAGCGUUUCAUAGCUCUCUCAGCAAUCGUUCCUGGCUUAAAGAAGAUGGAUAAAGCCUCAGUUCUUGGGGAUGCUAUCAAGUACGUGAAACAACUUCAAGAACGAUUGAAGGUGUUGGAGGAGCAAACCAAGAAGAGAACUGUGGAAUCUGUAGUUUUCGUGAAGAAAUCCCAGUUAUCGGCUGACGAUGAAUCUUCUUCAUGUGAUGACAACUCCGAAGGGCCGGUGACAGAUGCAGCGCUGCCGGAAAUCGAAGCUAGAGUCUCCGAUAACGAUGUUCUAAUCCGAAUCCAUUGCGAGAAACACAAAGGGUUCGUGGCCAAAAUACUAAGCGAAAUAGAGAACCUUCGUCUAUCUGUUGUUCAUAGCAGUGUCUUGCCUUUUGGGAACUCCACUCUCGAUAUAACCAUAAUUGCCAAGAAAGAUUCUGAAUUCAAUACGACAGUGAAGGAUCUUCUUAAGGACAUUAGAGUGGCUUUACUGAAGUUCAUGUGACAUCAGUUUCUUAAUUUCCACAAAUAUAUUUAAGUUAAUUUUCUUUCUUUUCUUUUUCCCCUCAAAUCUUCUAAGGGAAACCAAGGCUCUCAUAAAUCUCUUCUUUUUUUAGACCAUAUCUCCACCUUGUUCCCAAAAUCUGGGUUUUCUCCGUGGGGUUUUUCUUCCAUACUUUUUUUUACGUGGUUUAGAAGUGAGACCACGUUUAUUUCCUCGGAUGCAAAUGAUAAAAGGCUUCACUGAUUUUGGUUUCUUAGAGAGCAUAGAGAUUUCAUUAAAAUUGCAGCAUUAUCAAUGAAAUCUCUCUCUUCUCUAUGAAUUUGAUCGAACAUCAUAGUCUUUUUGAUAUUGGUCUAUGUUUAUCUACAUAUUGGGAAGAUAGCCUGUGGUUUCCCUUAGAUUUGGAUCUGUUUUUUCCCUUUUUUCAGGGGUCUGUGCUUUGUGUGAAACUCCCCUUUGUAAAAUGCAAGAUUUGCCAUUUCUUCAGAAAAACAGGGCUUUAU